AUCCACCGAGCAACUGCCACCAUUAUUGAACCCACGGGAGAGUCGGACAAUCCCUUGCGCUUCACGUCCGGCUUAGUCGUUGCUCUGGAUGUGGACGCCACUCUGGAACACGUGCAAGAUCCACAUAGCACGGUGAAGGUUCAGAUCAUGUAUCCUGAUGGUCAGUCCCAGGUGAUCCACCCGAAACCGGCAGAUUUUAGAAACCCUGGUCCAGGAAGACACCGAUUAAUUACUCAGGUUUAUCUCUCACAUACUGCCUGGACAGAACCUUGUCAAAUCGAACUCCGGCUUCUACUGGCCUACAGUUCGGACAGAACCAAAGCCUCCGUGGGCCUCUCGCGAUCCACCUGGGGGGACAGCCCGGAUCUUCUUCCCCCAUCCGAGGGCAGCAUCGAAGGGACUCUCCUGUUCGGCAAACCGGUCAAAGUUUAUAUUAUGCCCAAGCCUGCCAGGCGGUGAAAGCUGUCGUUGCAAAAUCGUUUCCCCCCCCCCUUUUUUUUGGGGUGUGUGGGGGAAGAGAGAUUUCAGAAGUUGUUGGAACUUCCGUAAAGUCCAUCGGAGUGGACCUCUGGUGGGAGACAGGACCUGUGGUCUUCCCAAGUUAAAAAACUCUGCUCCCUUCUCCGCUUACGGAACCGCUUGAAAGGGAAGCGCUCAAAGAAGUCGCCACUCACCACUUUGGCUACGGUCCGUCGCUUGGCGGCCUCCUGAAAUGCAAAAUGGUUUGGUCCAGCUUGCCCAGCCAAGAGUUCUGCAGUUGGGCAUUUCCAACACAUCUGGAGGAGGCGUCCGAUUGGGGAAAAAAAAAUCUGGCUCUCGGUCACUCGGCUUUGCCCUUUCUUUCAACUUUUACCGCGUUUCCCCGAAACCUACGACCUACUCAGAAAGUCAGUGGCCGACAUAACACACCCUGAAAAUCAGACCUAGUGUAGUGAUGGCUAACCUUUUAGUUGUGGCGUGCCGAAAGGGCGCACCACAGCAUGCCUGCCCA